GAUUGGACGACUUUGGGCUGAUAAGAGAAAAUUUUAACCCUGGUUAAGAUAAUUAAUAAGCUGAUUGGCCGCUAACAGUUAUGUCACGCAACAGAUAAUGUAAACUAUCUGCAUGUCGCAUAGAUUAAACCUAUUAAAAUUGGUAUUACGGUGUCCCAAGGAGGCCGAGCCACAGGGCCGUUUUCCAUGAAGGCGAGGCAUGUGUGUGAGGGGUGGAGAAACAUGAAGAUUCUGGAGCCGUUUGCCCAAAACUUUGGGAAAGUUGACACGAAGUGAAGAGUUUGUUUUGACCGCUGCAGUAACAGACGGGGAGUGUCCAGCGACUGGAUUUUAAAACUCAGUGUCUCAGUUGGUGAAGGAGGAGCAGAGUUAUCCGUGACUGUUGCUGUAAUAAUUCUAGCAGCCUAAACUGUAAUUUACAUGGUUUUCUUUCGAGUCGACCACACCAUGGUGCAUAAAUAUGGCAGACACAGAGAGAGCAGUGAAGCUGCUCAGACGGUACCAGGACAAUCUGACCAGCCCAGAGGAGCAGGCCUUGAAGAACAGCGUGGGCAAAGUGUCUGCCAUCUUGGGCAGCCAGCUGUUCCAAGCCCUUCUUGAUAUUCAAGAAUGUUAUGAGGUGACCUUGCAACUGAAUAAGGAACAAACAGUCGUGAAAGACGACAGCAGGCGGGAUGCGUGGGAGGACCAGGAGGAGGAAGAAGAGGGUGUGUCUCGGGUGCGAGUAACCACCAGAAGAAGCCCUCACAAAGUGGAGCGAGUUUCCGGCUUGGUGACUCGCUCCCACAUUGACAUGCCAAAGGCCAACCCUCCCCCCAUCAUUGUGAACGCAGACUCACUAGAUGCAGGCCCUUAUGUAAAUGGCAGUGACGGGAUGUAUAAAUAUGAAGAGAUCAUUUUGGAGAGGGGGAACUCUGGCCUGGGCUUCAGCAUUGCUGGAGGAAUAGACAAUCCCCACAUUCCUGAUGAUCCAGGGAUUUUCAUCACCAAGAUUAUCCCUGGCGGAGCAGCUGCUAUGGAUGGAAGGCUGGGGGUGAAUGACUGCGUGCUGCGCGUAAACGAUGUGGAUGUAUCUGAGGUGGUUCACAGCCGGGCGGUGGAGGCCCUGAAGGAGGCGGGGCCAGUGGUGCGGCUGCUGGUCCGACGGAGGCAGGCCCCACCUGAGACGAUUCUGGAGGUCAACCUGCUGAAGGGGCCCAAAGGGCUUGGAUUCAGUAUCGCUGGUGGGAUCGGCAACCAACACAUCCCAGGAGACAACAGCAUCUACAUUACCAAGAUCAUAGAAGGAGGAGCUGCCCAAAAAGAUGGACGGCUGCAGACCGGAGACCGCCUGCUAGCUGUGAACAACAUCGUGCUACAGGAUGUGCGUCAUGAGGAGGCAGUAGCGGCACUGAAGAACACCUCUGAUAUGGUUUAUCUCAAGGUGGCAAAGCCAGGACCAGUGCAUCUCAAUGACAUGUACGCCCCUCCAGACUACUCCAGCAGCCUGGCCCUCCCUCCAGCCUUCCCCACCAUGGUGGACAACCACGUCAGCCACAACUACAUGGGGGCAAUGGAGCCCAAGCCAGUGUACCCACCACCCCAGGUCACCCCGUCCAGGUACUCGCCAGUUCCCCGCCACAUGCUGGGGGAGGAAGACUUCACAAGCAGGGCUGAACCUAUUUACAGUGUCAUCCACAAACCUGGGGACAGCAAGGUGCCCCAGGCCCUCUACAGAGGCUUCUGUCCUUCCCCUGCUCCCUUGUGCCAAGGUCCACUCCCCUUCUCUGGCAGGGAGCCAAGAAAGGUGUUGCUGCACAAGGGCUCCACAGGCCUGGGCUUCAACAUCGUUGGCGGGGAGGAUGGAGAAGGCAUCUUCGUCUCCUUCAUUUUGGCAGGCGGGCCGGCCGACCUGAGCGGCGAGCUGAGGAGGGGCGACCGGAUUCUCUCGGUGAAUGGCGUGAAUUUAAGGAAUGCCACACAUGAGCAGGCCGCUGCUGCGCUGAAGAGAGCUGGACAGACUGUCACCAUCAUUGCUCAGUACAGGCCUGAAGAGUACAGUCGCUUUGAGUCCAAGAUCCACGACCUGAGGGAGCAGAUGAUGAACAGCAGCAUGAGCUCAGGAUCAGGCUCCCUGCGCACCAGUGAGAAACGCUCCCUCUACGUAAGAGCUUUGUUUGACUAUGAUCGAACGAGGGACAGCUGCCUGCCCAGCCAAGGUCUGAGCUUCUCUUACGGGGAUAUCCUCCACGUCAUAAAUGCUUCUGACGACGAGUGGUGGCAGGCGAGGCUGGUCACGCCACACGGAGAGAGUGAGCAAAUUGGGGUCAUUCCGAGCAAGAAAAGAGUGGAGAAGAAGGAGCGAGCCAGGUUAAAAACAGUCAAGUUCCAUGCCAGGACAGGCAUGAUUGAGUCUAACAGGCCAGUCAAAGUAAAGCGCAAAAAAAGCUUCAACCUCUCACGCAAGUUCCCGUUUUACAAGAGCAAGGAGAAUAUUGUGCAGGAGUUGGUGGAGUCUGAACAAUGUCUGACAUCCAACACAAGCGACAGUGAAAGCAGUUCGAAGGGACAGGAGGACACAAUUCUUUCCUAUGAGCCAGUGAUUCGACAGGAAAUUCACUACACAAGGCCUGUGAUCAUAUUGGGUCCAAUGAAGGACAGAGUAAAUGAUGACCUCAUCUCUGAGUUUCCCCACAAGUUUGGCUCCUGUGUACCCCAUACGACUCGUCCAAGGCGAGAGAACGAGAUGGACGGACAGGACUACCACUUUGUGGGCUCGCGAGAGCAAAUGGAGAAAGACAUUCAGGAUAACAAAUUCAUCGAGGCUGGCCAGUUCAACGAGAACCUCUAUGGGACGAGCAUCUUGUCUGUCAGAACUGUGGCUGAGAGGGGGAAACACUGCAUUCUGGAUGUGUCUGGGAAUGCCAUAAAACGACUGCAGCAAGCACAACUUUAUCCAAUUUCCAUCUUUAUUAAACCAAAAUCCAUCGAAGCCCUAAUGGAAAUGAAUAAGCGGCAGACAUAUGAGCAAGCCAAUAAAGUGUUUGACAAGGCAGUGAAGCUGGAGCAAGACUUUGGAGAGUAUUUCACAGCUAUUGUACAGGGUGACUCACUAGAGGAGAUCUACAACAAAAUCAAACUAAUCAUCGAGGAGCAGUCUGGUCCCUACAUCUGGAUCCCCUCCUCAGAGAAGCUCUGAGCUCCCUGCCGUCCCCUCUGCAUCGGUGCAGAGCUCCCCUCCUGCCUCCCAGAGACCCCACCCAAGCCUAAACAGCCCGUCCCCUCCUCACCUCCUUUUUGCAGAUAUGUUUCAUAUCAAGUUUUAGUGUCAUCAUUAUGUUACUCUCUAAGUGAAAAAGAAGUCUUAUCACCAUUACUGUGACUGUGCACACCCCUGCAUGAGUUUCUCAACAAAUCCAUUCAAAACUGGAAUUGCCAUUCCAAAGGAAUUUGUCAAAUGAAAACAAAAGGGAAAAGGAAUAAAUCUUUUUGUGAACUGGGACUGACUGAAGAUCAGAAUGUUUUACAGAAAUCUGGAGAGAGAGGAGUUGGGAUUCAAAAAGAAGCUGCAGGGAAACAGAGACAAAUCUUAACAAGUUGGAACACUUUGUAAAUGUUCAUCAAAUCACAUUUAAAAAGACAAGCGAGAUGAGAAGUGAAGACCAAUUAAGGUUUUUUCUUUUUUAAAGAAAGACUGGAUAAAAUCGAGCCCUGCUGAUGGUACUGUUCAAGGAGUCAUCUCUCUUGUUUAUAAUGACUGAGGAAAUUAGUGGAGCCUACAAACUGGUGAUCUAUUUAUCACAAACCAGCUUGCUGUUUGGUCGUCUGCCAGUUGUCUGUUGCUGCAGCUGAUAAAGACAUCUCGGGAGGCAGAUCAAGAGGAAGAAAUGUGUUGUGAAUCUCUACAUUUAUAUUAUGAAAUCACAAGAUAAAUGAUAAAAUCCCACUGCGAUUUUACUACAUAUUAAAAUCUACACACUUUACACUUCACUAGAAUUGUCAGUUUGGAGGUCUGUUAGAUUUCAUUUUAGGUUUUUCUUUCUUUCUAUGUGGGAUUUUUUGCUUGUGGUUUUUAGCUGCUCUGUGUAAAGGACGGGGGUAGAGAAGUGUAACUGGGCUCUCUGCAAAACACCAAACUGCCUUACAUCAAAUACAAAUUCUGUCUUACAACUACCUGUUUGUCUGUAAAGGAGGUUGCACACUAUUGAUGAGGAAAAGAGAGGAAACAUUCUCAUCUUUUUCUUACUUUUUUUGUGUCCUCCAACUGCCAGGGGGCCUGACUUCAGUGCAAUAGAUAAAACAAAGUCUCACCUCUGUGGGCGCCUUUUCUCCCCUGUAUUUCAUCUUUUCUUCCUGCGUAAUUUAAACAAGAAUUUGGCCAUUGGAUUACAGUUUGGAAAGCCAGAGCCUCCUAUGUUGAGCAGCAGACCACCCUAUUACACUCUCUGCCUUCCAAGAGGAUUCUCUUCUGAUUGAACAGUCAAAUGGUACUGUCCUAUCUGCCACCAUGACGGUGGCCUUAAAACGGGUAGAACAAGACAAUAAUUGUAUUGGAUGUCCUCACAAUUAAAGACUCAAUAUAACCUGUUUUGGAUUGUCCCCCUACCAAAAAUAACACUAAAGUUGGGUUUGAUUAAACCUAUAUGCUUUGUGUAUCUAUAAACGUAUGAAUUAUCAACAAAUCUGUUGGCGGUUGCUGACCCUGUGUUGAGCUCUUAGUGUGUCUCUGGUGAGCUAGACCGGCUCAGGAAUCUGAACGUGCAGACACCAUUUCCUACACAACUCAAAGACCGUGUUUGAGCAAUGACAGAGAGGUCAUAGCUGUCAAAAUGUGAACAAACAAGUACUAAUAGUACUGUCGCUUAGUUAAAGGCAUAUUCAAGUAAACCGUGUAAUCAGGCUGUAUUAUGUGUCUUCUGUUUUUCUCGUGAGGCGGGGAGCUUGUUCAAGGCCAUCGGUGUGGUAACCUUUGAGUUGGCUGUAUGGCAUCACGAGGAUUGAAACGACCUGCUCCGCCCUCGCAUGCAGAUCUUGGCAUGAGAGAGCACGUCUGAAGAAGGAGUGCUGUGCCCCCUGAUUGUGAGCGUUCUCGCUUUCUUCCAAUGCUUUUUGAAGAGUGCAAAGGGAUUUUUUUUUUUCCGUUGUUGUUCUCCCUUUCAGAGAGCCAGACCCAAAAGGAAGUGAUAACCUAGACCUCUGGGUCCCCUGCUCUCUCCCACCCACAGAGCACCUGUACCUGCAGGCAUUUUCUGAACAGGUGUACCCACCUGCCAGGCACCACUGCUAAACCAGCUGUCAUUAUGUGUGUCAAAACCAGAGUUCAGGGAAUAACCGAAGGGAACAGAGCCAUUUAUAAACUGCUUGCAGACUGUUUCAAAGGGUGUGGUAGCUGUACAAUGUAAAUAAGCCCCCAGCAGAUCCCCCUCACCUGUGCUUCAUGCAUGUGUGACUCAAACUGGGACAAACAUGUUUUAUAGACCACAAAUGUCAGGUAAGUAAAGUUUGAGCUACUCUUGAGAUAUAAUUUCCAUACAAAUGUGCUGUAUUGUUGGUAUUUCUCUUCAAAUGCCUAUUGGAAAACUUAACUAGUCAGUCGGGAAUUCAGUUCCCUCAAGUAGGGCCUGUCUACAUGUGAUUUCUUGUGGAACGUGUCUGGGUGUAUAGAAUUUAAAAAAAUUAUAUAUUGUAAAAUAAAAGAGAUGCAGGCAGAAACCUACACAAUAUCACAGAAACCAGGAGCAUUGAUCAAAUACAUUGUUAGAAAUUUAGCACUGGUCCUAUCUGGUGUUUAGUUAUACUACAGCUGACUGUUAACAAUGUGUGUGGUAUUCAUACCUCAGUCAGCCAUGUCAAAGCCCAAAGAACUUGAUUUCAUUUUACUCUUUCCAUUGAGGUUGUGGUAUAUAACGAGAUGGAACCUGAAUGCCUCUGUGUGUAUAACUGAUGAGGGUCUUUGUUCUGAUGAGAGAAAUGAUGACAUAUAUGCUUUUAUUUUUUGGGUGGGGGGGUCAGGGUUCUUGUUUGUACUUUUGGGUGAUGAUGUUUAUGUUAUAGCACAUCUGUGCAGUAAGUGCUUGCAAACAUGAACCCUUUGAUUGUACAGUAGUUUCCUUCCUGUCGCAGCAGGUGGUACAGCCCAUCAGGACACUUGGCCUCAUGGUUUUCCCUGUCCUAGUCAUGAGGGAACACAGUCCUGCAACUUUUGUUUGGGUUUUAUUUUGGGACUUGAUAAGAGUUUAUUUGUUUGAAAAUAAAAUAUGUGACUCAGUUAUGA